CCCUGCUCGCGUCACGGCCCCGCCCCCGCUGAGCCGGCUCUUUCUUUGCCCGGAGCGAGCGCUUGGGACGUCGCCAUUGGGGCUCGCGCGCCGGGGGCAGCGGCGGAGCUAUGAAGAUCUGGAGCUCGGAGCACGUGUUCGGACACCCAUGGGAUACAGUUAUCAAAGCUGCUAUGAGAAAAUACCCCAAUCCCAUGAAUCCAUGUGUAGUAGGAGUAGAUGUGAUAGACAGGAGCCUCGAUAACCAGGGAAGGUUACAUAGUCACCGACUUCUCAGCACAGAGUGGGGACUACCAAGUAUUGUGAAAGCGAUUUUGGGAACAAGUAGGACUUUGACAUACAUUAAAGAACAUUCCGUGGUAGAUCCAGUAGAAAAGAAAAUGGAACUCUGCUCCACCAAUAUUACUCUCACAAAUUUGGUGUCAGUUGAUGAGAGGUUGGUCUACACGCCUCAUCCUGAAAACCCAGAAAAGACUGUGCUAACUCAAGAAGCAAUUAUUACUGUAAAAGGUGUUAGCCUGAGUAGUUAUUUGGAAAGUUUAAUGGCCAACACAAUAUCCUCCAAUGCUAGAAAGGGUCGAGAUGCCCUGGAAUGGGUGAUCGGCAAACUAAACACAGAAUUUGAGGAAUUAACAUCAUCGACACGAGAGAGCAUGAAAUCUGGAAUGGCAGCGGCAUCAGCAGCAGAGAACUGAGGCCGCAGAACACUGAGGAACUGUGACAGAACAACUUUAUCCCAUGAACUUUAUUUCUUUAAAUCUCUUCUCUGUCUGAUAAUGCCAGUCUUUUGUAUGUUCAUAGGAGUGUCAGAACUCGAGAAAAAUAUAUCGUUUUAGAUCUC